AUGGCGAAAACCUCAGAAUCUCACCUGGUUCUGGAGAACUUCAUCGGAGGGAAGUUCCUCUCCUGUGGGAGUCACAUCGACUCCUAUGACCCCUCCACUGGGAAGGUCUACUGCAAGGUCCCGGACAGCGGCAAGGAGGAGGUGGACGCGGCGGUGGCAGCAGCUAAAGAGGCCUUCCCCGAGUGGUCGGCCCGCAGCCCAGAGCAGCGAGCGCAGAUCCUCUACAAGCUGGCCGAGCUGAUCGAAGCAAAACUCGAUGAGUUCGUCAAGGCCGAGUCCAAAGACCAAGGUAAGACUGUGACGCUCGCCCGGACUGUGGACAUUCCUCGAGCGGCGUACAACUUCCGCUUCUUCGCCUCGUCUGUGCUUCACCACCUGACGGAGUGCAGCCAGCUGGACCACAUGGGCUGCCUGAACUACACCGUGCGCUGCCCCGUGGGAGUGGCCGGUUUGAUCAGUCCCUGGAACCUCCCCUUGUAUCUGCUCACCUGGAAGAUUGCCCCUGCGAUCGCAGCAGGCAACACGGUGGUGGCCAAACCCAGCGAGAUGACCUCUGUGACGGCCUGGAUGAUGUGCAAGCUGAUGGAGCAGGCUGGCGUUCCUCCAGGUGUUGUCAACAUCGUCUUUGGCACAGGCCCAAAGGCGGGGGACGCUCUCGUGGGUCAUCCCGACGUCCCACUGGUCUCCUUCACGGGCUCCACGGCGACGGCACAGAGAAUCACCGAGCGCUGCGCCCCGUACUGUAAGAAGCUGUCCCUGGAGCUGGGAGGGAAAAACCCCGCCAUCGUUUUUGCCGAUGCAGACCUGGACCAGUGCAUCGAGACCACCGUCCGAUCCAGCUUCUCCAACCAGGGGGAAAUCUGCCUGUGCACCAGCAGGAUCUAUGUGGAGAGGAGCAUCUACCCCGCGUUCCUGCAGAGGUUUGUCGCUGCAGCCAGGAAGUGGAAGACCGGCGCGCCCUCUGACCCCAGCAACAACAACGGCGCUCUCAUCAGCAAAGAACACCUGGAGAAGGUUCGGAGCUUCGUGGCGCUCGCCAAAUCAGAGGGGGGCACGAUCCACUGUGGCGAGGGGGUCGACGAGCUGGACCUUCCCGAGGAGAACAAGGCCGGCUACUUCAUGCCGGCCACGGUCAUCUCCGGCGUGUCCGACAGCUCCAGGGUCAUGCAGGACGAGAUCUUCGGCCCCGUCACCUGCGUCAGCCCCUUCGACACCGAGGACGAGGCGGUUUCCAGGGGCAACGGCGUGCGCUACGGCCUGUCGGCCACCGUGUGGUCCCGGGACGUGGGGAGGGUCCACCGGGUGGCCCGGCGGCUCCAGGCCGGCCUGGUGUGGACCAACUGCUGGAUGGUGAGGGAUCUGAACCUGCCGUUCGGCGGGAUGAAGAACUCCGGGGUCGGGAGGGAGGGAGGGAAGGAUUCCUAUCACUUCUUCACCGAGGUGAAGAGCAUCACCAUCAAACACUGA